CGCCACCGCCGCUGCCACCGUCGCCACCUCCGCUCCCGCGGGGCCCUCGGUCCCGGAGAGGAAGUCGUGUCGGGGUUCUCUCGCGGGCCCGGGUGGCAGGCAUGGCGGACGGGGGCGGCGGCGGCGGGGCCCCGGGCUCGGUGGGCGGCGGCGGGGUGGGCCCGGCCUCGGCGGGGAACGCGGCGGGCGCCAAGGGGCCGGGCGCGGGCGGCGGCGCCCCCAACCCGGCCUCGCUGCCUCCCGGCGACCCGCAGCUCAUCGCGCUCAUCGUGGAGCAGCUCAAGAGCCGGGGUCUGUUCGACAGCUUCCGUCGGGACUGCCUGGCCGACGUGGACACGAAGCCAGCCUACCAGAACCUGAGGCAGAAGGUGGAUAACUUUGUGUCGACACAUCUGGACAAGCAGGAGUGGAAUCCCACGAUGAACAAGAACCAGCUGCGGAACGGCCUGCGGCAGAGCGUGGUGCAGUCAGGCAUGUUGGAAGCUGGAGUGGAUCGGAUAAUCUCCCAGGUGGUGGAUCCGAAACUCAACCACAUCUUCAGGCCACAGAUAGAGCGAGCCAUUCACGAGUUCCUGGCGGCCCAGAGGAAAGAGGCUGUGCCUGCACCACCUCCCGAGCCUGAGAGUCAGGACCCUCCCGCUCCGGCCCAGGACGCGUCCUAAGAAUGUGCCUGACUCCUUUGGAAAGCUCCAUUUGUUCACGGUGAAGAAAUGGAGUCCUUGGCUCUCAGGAGAGCGACUUGUGGUCAGCCAGGGUGACCCUGGUGUGGGCUGUGACCUUGACCAUGGGACAGGGCCUGGGUGUGUCACCAGGUGAUGUUACACCCCCUAGACACUACAGAGUUCCCCGACACUACAGCAGCCUGCCUUGGUACUUGAACUUGGCACGUGGAGCACACGUGGACUUCAGGGGCUGUGCUGAACUGGAAGAACCCGCACCCCAGGAAGGACUUCCGGCUGCUUUGGGGUGUUCCAGGGGCUCCCUGGAGUCGUCUUCCUCUCCCUUGUGGCAGCACUGGGCCCCAGGUGACAGAGGACACCCCAGCCUGAGGGUGUUGGCCUGUCUGCCCUGUGUCCGCCUUUGUAAUGGCUACAUUUUAUAAUAAAAUCCAUCAUUGCCCUUUC